ACAGAAAAUAUACUUCAAAAACAUUUUCUGUUUCCUUUGCAGUGGAGAACCUGUACCGAAAAACACAUGUACAACUGAACUAAAAAAUACUCUUGACUUUUUCGGAGAUUCGAAAUUCGCAAUGUUGCUUGCAUGGGAGCCUGUUGUUAAGAAUGCAACAAUCACCAAGAUAGAAGCCUGCAAGUUAAAUGAUGAAAGCAGAAGGGAUAUGUCGAAUUGUCGAGUUAUUCAUUGCCCAGUCGGUCAGGUCAGAAAUACAAAAGGGGAGUGCUUUUACCGAUCAAAACUAUGGAGGGCUGAACGAGUUGGGGUGAGUGUAAAACUCGUUAUGCCAGAACCGAUCAAACUUCCACCGAAUACUAGCAUCAGCGAUGUGCAUGAGUUUUUCAAAGAUAUAGAAUUUCAUAUCAAAAGCACUCUUCCAUGGUUUAUUGAAAAUACUUAUUUUAAUUUCAAUGCGGAAGCCAACUUUGUGAUCAUCGACUUUUUUGCCAUUGAGAUGAAUUUGCAAGUCGACAUGUUUGACCCGUCAGAAUUAUUUAAAAAAAUCAACGAAAACUUAAAUAUAAAAUGGCUAGUACAUUUUAGUAACAUAUCAGAAAGUUGUUCACAAGAAUUAGUACCAUACCAGUUAUCCCGUCUGUUGAAUUUUUCCCCACAAUCACAUAAUGGCGAACGGGGCUUCAUGGACGAGGUUUAUAAUUUGACUCCUAUCAAGGACGUUACUCGUAUGUUUCGUUACUCCUUCUUUAUUAGCAAAACAUUUUUCUGCGACAUGCUGGAAUUUUCAGACGACGAAUUUCAGCUGCUUUAUGAUAGUUUGGUUGUUUACAUUAUCGAGUUUGACAAAUAUUUCGGAGACAUGGAAUUUGUGCUGUCCGUUGAUUCUCGAAGACAGACUACAGUCAAAGUUUGCAUGGAACGGCUGCCAUUCAAAAGAGUGGUGAACGAUGCGGCAAAUCCAAUAGGCAAGGCGUUAACCAGCUGUGUAUUAAUCUGUGGAUUGGUGAUUGCGUUCUAUGUUUGA